CACAAAUACCACACAAAAGGUGGUAAAUAACUUAACAUUACCCGAUAAUCGUCCAGCGAGAAGAGGAAAAUCAAAAGAGAGAAUAAAGGCAACGUUUAUCGCAAUUCCGCGGGCCCAAAAGAAAAAAGAGCAGAGCCAGCAAACUCUCAUUUAAGAGAUCCCCAAAGCAACUGGUUCAAGGGGUGGUAAGCAGUUGAACAGCGAAGCAGCAUGGCGGGGCCAGAAGAAAAAGAGAAAAAGGAGAAAAUCGAUGAGCGCUUCGAAUAUUUUAAUAAUUACGUAAUGAAAACUUUACGACUAAAAAAUGAAAAAUGGGCCAAGCUAAUGGGUAUACCUGAAUCGAAGGAAAUUAUCCAAACUUUUCUAAACAAUCCCAGUCAGCCGCGUUUGAUUUUCUACCUGAAUGUUGCCUCGUUGUUAACGCCCUCCUUUGACUUUCCCGCUAAGGCACGCAGUAAAAUGGUUUACUUCAUGCGCAACGAAAUGCCAACCGACCUUACGUUGGAGGAUAUGGAUAGUAAACUAAUGGUCGGUGACGUACUGCCAAAUGCUUUGGAAAAUCUAUCUGUGCUCUGUGAUGAUGUCAUUUUCCCCAUGGUCACCAAUCCAGCCAAUCAAGAUGGAUGGACAGCAGUUAUAGUUAAUGAUAUAAAAACGGAAUCUCAGGACUUGCGCACUGGCAUAGCACUAAUGAAAGGAAAAGUUAUUAAUCGCACAAUUCUACCCUUGCCCAUAUGUAUUGAUGAAGUGAUGGAAAUCGCGCCACAAAUUGCAGUCGGAGACCUCAGUAAAUUCAACCACCUUCACAAGCCGGCCCUAGAAAAUAUGGUGGUAAAAUGGCUCGACGCGAUAGAUGAAAUAAUUAAGAGGAAACCUCGUGAACACGUAUAUGAAAAAGAGACACAUCCGAAACCCGAUUUGCUCUUCAGCUUCUGGGAAACCCGCUUGGAGAACCUAGAAAAUGUAGCCGAUCAAUUAGGUGAUAAACGUAACAAAACCAUCGUUUUUGUUCUCGAAAAAAUAGACUCCCAAUUCGUCGCCACUUUUCGAAAGGUCAUGAGAUUGCUGCUGCUGUCAUUGGCAGAAACGCGUGAUAUUACGAAAUUUUUGUCACCAUUGCGCAAAAUGGUCGACCAAUUCGAAGCCAAUCGAAUGGAUGAAAAUCGGGCCCAACUGCGUCCGCUGCUCUUAACCGUGGGUCUAGUUUGGGGGCAUUCAAAAUAUUUCCAUACUUUGGACAACAUGGUGCUACUCUUCGAACUGUUGCACAAUUCAAUUAUUGAGAGUGUCAUCCUAACUAUCGAACCAGAGAGCUGCUUUGGUGAUGUUGACGAGGCCUACAAACGAGUUGUAAUGAAUAUCGAUCACUUAGAGUACUAUAAGAAAGCUUAUGAAAAUUGUCGUGCCAGCCUAAAGAAAUUCAAAAUUGGCACAGAAUUUAACUCACAAGACUGGACAUGGCAGCCGAAGACAAUCUUCGAUCGUUUGGAUCGUUUUAUGGAACGGCUGCAUGUGAUGAAAAUCAUCUUCGAUACGGGACGCGAUUUUCUUAAACUCGAAAAAGUUGUCGUUGGUGGUUUGAAGGGACGUCAAAUAUCAGCUGCACUUAACAAAAUUCUAGAGGAAUUCAACAAUAAAUAUCGCGACUGGAUAGCCGGCAUCGCAUACAAUGUGCUCGAUCCUGACGAAUCGGUUGAACAAUUUAAAAGCGACGUUGCAAAAUUUCAUGAUUUCGCCGAGCAACUAGAGCGACGUAUGGCAUUUCAAUUCGAAUUAGCGCUGCUGGACUCGCAUGAUUUGAUGCUCUGCGGCAGUCUGUUGCUGCGGCCGAUCGUUCAGAAACAGCUUGAUCCGCAUAUGCACAUACUCGUGGACGAUUUAGUCGAUGAAAUACAUGCAGUCAAGAGAGAUUUCAAUGAUUUCGAAGCUAUUUAUAAGGAAAAGGGCGUGCAGGCUCUGCCGACCGAUGAGUGUUUCCCAAAAGUUUCCGGCGCUAUUUCUUGGCUACUCAAAUUACGGCAUCGUAUCACUUGGAUCAAGUCGGAUUAUGAGCUCUACGAAUACCCUCUCUUCGAUAAUGAAAUUGGCGAGCAUACGCUGAGUAUCUAUCAUCAAAUGCUGGAACAGAUUGACGCAUUGAAGCAGGCUAUACUGGAGGAGUGGUAUAUCACUGUACGCGAACACAUCAAUAAUGGCAUGGCGCAAAUGCUAUUGAAAAAGGAUGAAAAUGGAGUACUCUCGGUGAAUUUUACGCAAGAACUGGUGGAUGCUUUGAAGGAUAUCAAAGUUUUGCGCAUUAUGGAAUGCGAAGUGCCUGAGCAGCUUAUAGAGUUAUACCAGCGUGAUGAGGCAUUAUGGCAAGCGCGCCUCAAACUGCGGCGCAUAGCUGACUGGUACAAUGACGUGAUCGCGCGGUCGCAGCCGAGUGAACUGAAGCUAAUACGAGCAGAGUUGAGUGGAAUUGAGCUUUUUAUGGAGCCAUUAAUUAAUGAUAUAGCCUGGAUGUCGAUUGACCAAAAAUUCAUCACCAAAGUAUUUUCAAAAAUAAGUCAUUUGCAAAAGCGUAUUGAGAAAUGUCAAGCAAAUUUGGAAGCCAUUAAAAAGAGCAUAAACGAAUGGGGAAAGGUACCGCUGUUCCAACGUAAAGAUCUCAAUCCGAAAGCGUUCCUGGAGGUCGAACCACGUGCGGUCAUUAUUGAAAAACGGUUUAGACAGGCAUCGGCCACUAAAGAACUCAUUGACAAAUUAAUGUUCGAAAAUGCUAAGCUAUUUUUUGACAUACCACAUCGCUAUGAAAUUGAUGAGGAGAGUGUCGAAGCUGUUGAAGAGGAGGAGGAGAAUAUGGCGACUAAUAGGCGGGGUACAGCAACGACUACCCAUACAUCUAUAAUUCCGCAGAACAUAAAUGAGAUUGCAGAAGAAUCAUCAUCAUUGGAGGAAGAGUUGAUAACGCCUCAGCAUCGUUACGACUUGCUGCAGACACUCAGUGAGGAAGAGCGUGAACAAUUUCGUGAGUAUGAAAAGUAUGUUGAUGAACAAAUAGCUUUGCAGCUAUUGGACGCUGUCAUUACAAGCGUUACAUAUCUACGCAUGGAAAUUGAAAAUCGUUAUGAAAAUGAUGCGCCAAUUUUUGAAAUACUAAUGGAACUGCAAGAGCCGCUUGUCGUGUACUUCCGAAAUUUGGAUCACAAUUCAAAGAACGGCUUCACAAUGCAUAUUGAAUCUUUGAUGGAUGAUAUGUACGAUAUGAUGAGGAUGUUGCCGCGUGUGGCACAGGAUCCCGUACCGCCAGAUGUGGAACCUGCUAAUUUCAUAGACGAAUUAACUGAUAAACCCGACCUUCAAAAGCAACGCCAUGAUAUAUCGGUUAAGGUAAUAUUCGCACUACAACAGAUAAAAUCCUACUCAAAGGCUUUUAUGGACUACUCACAUUUGUGGCUCUCUAACAAACAACAAUAUCUUGCCGAUGUUAAGAAAUAUGGAAGACCGUUGACGGUCGCCGAGCGCGAUGCCGAACUUGAGGGUGAAGGCGAAUCAGGCAUAAAGCCAUUGAAGGAAGACUAUCCACCUUUAAGUGUCUACAAAGAACAGUUGGACAAAUUUAUUGCAAUGCAAGAUGUAAUCUCACAAUGGGAAACCUACCAUGACAUUCAUAUCUGGUUGCGCCUAAAUAUGAAAGGUUUUAAAAACGCUGUGCUCAAUCUAGUAGGCAAGUGGAUAAGUCUCUUUAAGCAGGAUCUCAUCGAUAGAGUAAAGAACUCAUUACAGGAACUGGAGGAUUUCGUUGCAGAAGCAAAUGAGGCACUUAAAAUCGAACUCAACAAAGACGACUUUGAAGGUCUACUAAAAAUUCUCUCUGUGCUCAGCACAAUCAAUGAGAAGCAAUUCACCUACGAUUACAUGUUUGAUCCACUGCGUGAGGUUGUGGAUUUGCUGAAGCAGUACAAUUACGACUUUAAGGAUAGCGUAUUGGCGCAGUUAAACGAAUUACCCGAUAAAUGGAUGAAAGUGAAAAAGAAUGCUGCCGUCGUUAAACAAACAAUUGCGCCCAUACAGUCCUACCAAGUGGAUCUGAUUGAAAAACGAAUCAUACUUUGUGACACUAUGGCUAGUCAAUACCGUAAACGCUUCCUGCGCAAAAGGUUCUUUUACGUUCCUUGCGAUAAUCCGUAUGAGUUGAUCGACGAAGCUGAUUUGGAGAUUAGCGCUUUGGAGGAACGUCUGAAAUCGCUCACGGAAUCUGCUGUGCUUUUCGAACUGCAAGGUCCAGAACCAAGCAAAAUUGAGCUCUGCCGACAUGAACUACAGCUACAAAAGGUAAUGUGGGACUUUGCAAUAACGAUUCAAACCACAAUCGAUGAAUGGAAGAAGACUCCUUGGAAGAAAAUCGACAUUGAAUCAAUGGAUCAAGAAUGCAAGAAAUUUGGCAAGGAGUUGGGUGGUUUGGGCAAAGAUAUGCGUUCAUGGGAACCCUAUAUAUAUACUGAGAAUCAAAUAAAGAAUUUAAUGACUUCGCUACGUGCUGUAACUGAACUGCAAAACCCAGCGAUUCGUGAUCGUCACUGGGUUGAGUUGAUGACAACGACAGGUGUCAAGUUCAGCAUGGAUGAUUCAACUACGCUGAAAAACCUGAUUGAUUUGAACCUGCACGAAUAUGAGGAGGAAGUAAAAGGUAUUGUGGACAAAUCUGUCAAGGAACAGGCCAUGGAAAAGAUGCUGAAAGAUCUUACUAACACGUGGGCUAGCAUGGAGUUUCAGAAUGAAGCACACGAACGCACUGGCCUCAAGCUACUCAAAGCUUCAGAAGAGAUGAUCGAAACUUUAGAGGACAACCAAGUACAAUUGCAAAAUAUGGCUUCAUCUAAAUAUGUUGGCUACUUUCAGCAUGAAGUCACUGCUUGGCAACAUAAAUUAUCCAAUGCUGAUCAAAUAAUCGGUUCAUGGUUCGAGGUGCAACGCAAAUGGCAAUAUCUCGAAAGUAUUUUCAUCGGUUCGGAAGAUAUUAGAUCGCAACUGCCAGAAGACUCCAAACGGUUCGAUUACAUUGACCGUGAAUUCAAGGCAUUGUUAAAUCAAAUGAAUCUCGAUCGCAAUGUGGUGCGCUCAACUAACAGACCUAACAGUAAACUCUACGAGACACUCGAAUCACUGCUCAAACAACUCACGUUAUGCGAAAAAGCGCUUAACGACUAUCUGGAGACGAAGCGACUUGCAUAUCCACGCUUCUACUUUGUUUCGUCCGCCGACUUACUGGACAUUCUAUCCAACGGCAAUAAUCCCAAAAUGGUUUGUCGCCAUUUAACCAAACUCUACGACUCCAUGGGUCUUUUAAAUCUAAUCGCAGGCACAAAGUUGGCCACUGGUAUGAUUGCUAAGGAACAUGAAGAGCUUGUGCCUUUCUUAGAGAACUGCGACUGCAGCGGCAAAGUCGAAGGUUGGCUUAAUCGUGUUACGGACAAAAUGCGUGAAACACUGCGUGAUCACUUUCGGCGCGCAGUUAUCGCUUACGAAGACAAGCCGCGACAUAUAUGGAUUUUCGAAUGGCCCGCUCAACCGGCUCUGGUGACCACACAAAUCUGGUGGACAACCGAAACAAAUGACGCCUUCACGAAAGUACAGCAGCGCUACGAGAACGCUAUCAAGGACUACAAUAAGAAGCAGGUGGCACAACUUAACAAUUUAAUUAAUAUUUUGUUGACCGAUCUAACGCCAUCUGAUCGUCAAAAAAUCAUGACCGUCUGCACCAUAGACGUUCACAGUCGUGAUGUUGUGGCGAAAAUUAUUGCGGCUAAAGUCGAGUUGGCAACAGCCUUUCAAUGGCAGAGCCAGCUACGUCAUCGUUGGGACUUGAAGUACGACGACUGCUUUGCGAAUAUCUGCGAUGCACAAUUUAAAUACGACUAUGAAUAUCUGGGCAAUACGCCACGCUUGGUGAUCACGCCGUUGACCGAUCGCUGCUACAUAACUCUAACGCAGUCGCUGCAUUUGGUGAUGGGAGGCGCACCUGCGGGACCGGCUGGAACGGGCAAGACGGAAACCACCAAAGAUCUUGGACGUGCGCUAGGCAUGAUGGUGUACGUAUUCAAUUGCUCCGAACAAAUGGAUUACAAAUCUUGCGGCAAUAUACAUAAGGGUUUGGCACAAACGGGCGCUUGGGGCUGUUUCGAUGAAUUCAAUCGUAUUUCUGUGGAAGUGCUCUCUGUGGUCGCUGUACAAGUGAAGUGCAUACAGGACGCCAUUAAGGCUAAGAAGGUUGUGUUUAACUUUCUGGGCGAAAUUAUAUCGCUACGUCCCACAGUCGGCAUGUUUAUCACUAUGAAUCCAGGUUAUGCAGGGCGCGCCGAAUUGCCCGAAAACUUGAAAGCGCUUUAUCGUCCCUGCGCCAUGGUGGUGCCGGACUUUGCGCUCAUCAGCGAAAUUAUGAUGGUGGCGGAAGGCUUCCAAGAAGCACGUCCGUUGGCGCAAAAAUUCAUUACACUCUAUACACUAUGCAAAGAACUGUUGUCAAAGCAGGAUCACUACGACUGGGGUUUGCGUGCCAUCAAGUCGGUGUUGGUUGUUGCCGGUUCACUGCGUCGUGAUGACCGCUAUCGUCCCGAAGAUCAAGUACUCAUGCGUGCCUUACGUGAUUUCAAUAUACCAAAAAUCGUCACCGACGAUGUGGCUGUUUUCAUGGGCCUCAUUGGCGACUUGUUCCCCAAUCUGGACGUACCACGAAAGCGAUCAUUGGACUUUGAAGCUAUCAUUAAGAAAUCAGCAGUUGACCUUAAGCUGCAGCCCGAAGACGGUUUCAUUUUGAAAGUAGUACAACUCGAGGAGCUAUUUGCUGUCAGACACUCGGUAUUCAUAAUUGGCUUUGCUGGCACUGGCAAAUCUGAAGUUUGGAAAACAUUGAACAAAACAUAUCAAAAUCAGAAACGCAAACCACACUACAAUGAUCUCAAUCCCAAGGCCGUUACCAACGAUGAGCUUUUCGGCAUUGUCAAUCCGGCUACGCGUGAAUGGAAAGAUGGCCUAUUCUCUAUUAUUAUGCGCGAUCAGGCAAAUUUGGGUGGUACCGGUCCAAAAUGGAUAGUAUUGGAUGGCGAUAUUGAUCCGAUGUGGAUUGAAAGUCUGAAUACUGUCAUGGAUGAUAAUAAAGUAUUGACAUUGGCCAGCAACGAACGCAUUGCGUUGACCAAAGAGAUGCGACUGCUUUUCGAAAUCGCCAAUCUAAAAACUGCAACACCAGCCACCGUAUCGCGCGCCGGUAUACUUUAUAUUAAUCCGCAAGAUUUGGGCUGGAGUCCAUUCAUACAGUCGUGGCUUAGUUCACGCCCCAACCAAACUGAGGUGGCCACACUCAAUGUACUUUUCGACAAAUAUGUACCACCCAUGUUGGAUGUUUUCCACAAGCGUUUAAAGCGCAUUACUCCCAUCUCGGACAUUGCCAUGCUACAAAUGACCUGCUUCCUGUUGAAUUGCAUGUUAACGCAGCAAAAUGUGCCCAACGACUGUCCGAAAGACUGGUAUGAGAUAUACUUUGUCUUCUGCAUAAUUUGGGGUUUCGGCUCCACGCUCUUUCAAGAUCAAAUCAUUGACUGGCGUAACGAAUUUCAUAAGUGGUUCAUUAAUGAGUUCAAGGCGGUUAAAUUUCCACCAGGCAAUAAUGUAUUUGCCUAUUAUGUGGACCACGAAACCAAGAAUUUCUUGCCUUGGACUAAACUGGUGCCCUCAUUUGAGCUUGAUCCGGAUGUACCGCUGCAAGCCAAUUUGGUGCACACCUCCGAGACGACACGUUUGCGUUAUUUCAUGGACGUGCUGGUGGCCGAUAAUCAUCCUGUAAUGCUUAUCGGCGCAGCUGGCUCUGGAAAAACGAUAAUAAUGGGUUCAAAACUGAAUUCGCUCCCCACCGAAAAGUAUGCCGUGCAAAAUGUGCCAUUCAACUUUUAUACCACAUCGGAGAUGUUGCAGCGUGUGCUGGAGAAACCUUUGGAGAAGAAAGCUGGACGUAAUUAUGGCCCGCAGGGAAACAAGAACAUGCUUUACUUUGUGGAUGAUAUGAACAUGCCGGAAGUGGACAAUUAUGGCACCGUGCAGCCACACACACUCAUACGUCAAUUUAUGGACUAUCGCCAUUGGUAUGAUCGUAUCAAGAUGACACUACGCGAUAUACACAAUUGCCAGUUUGUGUCCUGUAUGAAUCCAUCGGCCGGCUCGUUCACUAUAAAUCCACGCUUACAACGACACUUCUGUUCAUUUGCCGUCAAUGCACCAGCGGCCGAUGCGCUCUUCCACAUCCUACACUCGAUUCUCUCACAACAUUUGGCCACACCACAUCUAAAGUUCGAUAAAGCCGUAAUAAAUUUGGGUGAACCUUUAGUGCAAACAGCCAUUUCAUUACACCAAAAGGUCGCCUCAACAUUCUUGCCUACCGCCAUCAAGUUCCAUUAUAAUUUUAACCUGCGUGACAUAGCUAACAUUUUUACGGGUGUGCUAUAUUCGAAUUUCGAAACAUGUCCCAAUCCAAACCAGCUGCUGCGGCUCUGGGUACACGAAUGUAAUCGAGUCUAUGGUGACAAGCUAGUCGAUCAAAUAGACAUAGUCAACUUUCAAAAAUUAAUGGGCGAAAUGGUGCGGAAGGGCAUUGAGACCUUCACGGAGGAUAUCGUCUUUGCGAAGCCACACAUUUACUGUCACUUUGCCAAGGGACUUUCCGAUAUUAAGUAUAUGCCUAUACCCGACUGGGAACGUCUCAAUCGGCUAUUAACGGAGGCACAAGAGCGUUACAAUGACUUUGUCGGCGCGCUAAAUUUAGUGCUUUUCGAAGACGCCAUGGCGCACGUUUGCCGCAUCAGUCGUAUACUGGAAUCUUCGCGUGGCUACGCGCUCCUCAUUGGUGUUGGCGGCUCUGGCAAACAAUCGUUGACACGCCUGGCUUGUUUCAUCUCCUCGUUGGACGUAUUCCAAAUACAACUAACUAAAGACUACAGCAACAAUGACUUAAAGGCAAACUUGUCUACGCUAUACAUGAAAGCGGGCGUAAAGUCGACACCCUGUUGUUUUCUCAUGACCGACUCGGAAGUUGCUAGGGAACAAUUUUUGGUGCUGGUCAAUGAUUUGCUCGCUUCGGGUGACAUACAUGAACUGUUCCCAGAUGAUGAGGUUGAAAAUAUUAUCGGUGUCAUGCGCAACGAAGUGAAGCAACUGGGAAUUAUGGAUACACGCGAAAACUGCUGGAAAUAUUUCAUUGACAAGGUGCGUAGCUUGCUUAAGGUGGUGCUCUGCUUUUCGCCAGUCGGCGCUACGCUACGUGUACGUGCUCGCAAGUUUCCGGCACUUGUUAGUUGCACAACCAUCGAUUGGUUCCACGAAUGGCCGCAAGAGGCACUCGAAUCGGUAUCGGCACGUUUUCUAAACGAAAUCGACGUGUUACCGAAAAGUUUGGCCGAUCCGGUAUCAAAAUUUAUGGCUUAUGUGCACAAAACCGUCAACGACAUAUCCGCAGUUUAUUUGGCCAACGAUAAACGUUACAACUAUACCACACCCAAAUCUUUCCUGGAACUAAUUAAUCUGUAUGCCAAAUUACUGCAGGAGAAGGUGAAAGCCAACCAAGAUCGACGUGUGCGCUUGGAGAAUGGUCUAAUCAAGCUGGCCAGUUGCACGAAAGAAGUCGAUGCCCUACAGGACGUACUUAAAGUACAAGAGGUCGAACUGAAAGCGAAGAACGAAGAAGCCGAUCAUCUGAUCAAAGUUGUAGGCGCCGAAAACGAAAAAGUAUCAAAAGAACGAGCUUUUGCUACCAAAGAGGAGAAAAAUGUGCGCCAAAUAGAGGAAGAUGUAACGGCGAAGGCUAAGUUGUGCGAAGAGGACUUCCGUAAGGCACAGCCAGCGCUUAUAGCCGCCCAAGAGGCACUUAAUACACUAAACAAAAAUAAUCUCACCGAAUUGAAAUCUUUUGGUUCGCCGCCGGAAGCUGUGGUCAGCGUCUGUGCCGCUGUAUUGGUAUUAUUCGCUUCCAAAGGUAAAAUACCAAAGGAUCGCAGCUGGAAGGCUUGCCGUCAGCUCAUGGGCAACGUCGAUAAAUUUCUUGGUGAUCUGGUAAACUACGAUAAGAAGCAUAUACAUCCAGAUAUUAUCAAGGCACUGCAGCCAUAUAUUAAUGAUCCCGAAUUUAAUCCAGAAAAAAUUCUAUCAAAAUCAGCAGCUGCUGCUGGACUUUGUUCAUGGGUCAUAAAUAUAAACCGUUUCUACGAUGUCUACCUGAUAGUAGAACCAAAAGAGCGCGCACUCAGCGAAGCUGAGCAAGAGCUAAAAGAUGCACGAGACAAGCUACAAGCGCUGAACGAUCGUCUUAAUGAACUGGAGCAACAAUUGAACGCCUUGCAGAUGGAAUAUGAUGAAGCGUUGGCUAAGAAGCAAAAGUGUCAGGAUGAGGCCGACAAGACCGCCUUUACCAUCGAUUUGGCUAAUCGUUUGAUUGGUGGUUUAGCCUCAGAAAAAAUACGUUGGUCGGAGUCAGUAAUGAGCCUCAAAGAAGGGCAAAUUACAUUGCCGGGUGAUAUGCUGCUCAUUUCAUGCUUCAUUUCGUAUGUGGGCUGUUUCACACGUCCCUAUCGUAAUGAACUGCAGCAAAAAAUGUGGCUGCCAACUUUUAAAGCUAGUAAUCCAAAAAUACCCGCCACUGAAGACAGCGAUCCCUUCGAAAUGAUUUGCGACGAUGCACAAAUAGCUGAGUGGAACAACCAAGGAUUGCCAAGUGAUCGAAUGUCUUCGGAGAAUGCUGCCAUUUUAGUGCACUCCGAUCGCUAUCCACUAAUGAUCGAUCCACAAUUACAAGGCAUCAAGUGGGUAAAACAAAAAUAUCAGAACAAUUUAAUGGUUGUCCGUUUGACAAUGAAAGGCUAUCUGGACAUGGUGGAAAAAGCUGUCAGCAACGGCAAUGUUUUACUGCUCGAGAAUAUUAGCGAGAAUGUGGAUGCCGUACUUAAUCCGCUACUCGGCCGUAUGUUAAUUAAGAAGGGCACCUGCCUCAAAAUGGGUGAUCGAGAAAUCGACUUUAAUCCUAAAUUCCGUCUAAUCUUACAUACAAAAUUGGCCAAUCCACAUUACAAGCCCGAAAUGCAAGCACAAACUACACUAAUUAAUUUUACUGUAACACGUGAUGGCCUCGAGGAUCAGCUACUGGCAGAAGUUGUGAAAGUCGAGCGCCCGGAUCUAGAGGUUAUGCGCACACGCUUGACGCAGCAACAGAACCAUUUCAAAAUUACGCUGAAAUUCCUAGAAGACGAUUUAUUGCAACGCUUAUCUUCGGCUGGCGAAAAUGUACUAGAGGAUGUAACGCUCGUUAUGAAUUUGGAAAAAACUAAAAAGACCGCAGACGAAAUUGAAAUUAAAGUGGCCGAGGCGAAAAUUACUGCCGUGCAAAUAGAUACAGCACGUGAAGCUUAUCGUCCCGCCUCGGAACGUGCGUCGAUCAUUUACUUUAUACUGAACGAUCUUUUCAAAAUCAAUCCGAUCUAUCAAUUUUCGUUGAAAGCAUUUACAGUUGUCUUCUCGAAUGCUAUGCAACGAGCCGUCGAGGCAGAGAAGCUAAAAGACCGCGUGGAGAAUCUUAUCGAUUCCAUUACGUAUUGUAGCUUCCUGUACACGUCGCGCGGUCUUUUCGAAGCCGAUAAACUGAUUUUUCUUACGCAAAUGUGUUUGCAGAUACUUAUCAGUGCUGGCGAGGUUGAGCAUUCUGAAUUAGACUUUUUGUUACGCUUCCCCUAUAUGCCGAAUCAGACCUCGCAGUUGUCCUUCCUCACCAAUGUUGGUUGGGGUGGUAUACGUGCACUUAGCAAUUUGCCAGCGUUCAGAAAUCUUGACAAAGAUAUUGAAGGUUCCCACAAGCGCUGGAAGAAGUUCGUUGACUCAGAAUGUCCGGAGCGUGAGAAGUUUCCUGGUGAAUGGAAGACGAAGUCCGCAAUCCAACGCUUGUGCAUCAUGCGUUGCAUUCGACCAGAUCGCAUGUCGUACGCCAUGCAAGUAUUCAUUGAAGAGAAGCUUGGCUCCAAGUACACAGAUGCAAGGUCAAUGGAAUUUUCCAAAACUUUCGAAGAGGCCAGCCCCGAGACCCAUGUUUUCUUUGUGCUCUCGCCAGGCGUUGAUCCGCUUAAGGAUGUCGAGAAGUUAGGAAAAGUUAUGGGCUACCACGGCGAUAAUGAGAACUUCCACAGUGUUUCGCUGGGUCAAGGACAAGAAAUAGUGGCCGAAAAUGCUAUAGAUACAGCAUCACGGGAGGGUCACUGGGUUAUACUGCAGAACAUACAUUUGGUAGCACGUUGGCUGCCGACGUUGGAAAAGAAAAUGGAAGCAUCUCUUAUCGACGUGAACGCGAAUUAUCGUUUAUUUUUGAGUGCUGAACCAGCAGGAGAUCCCGCUUACCACAUACUACCGCAAGGUAUUCUCGAAUCGGCUAUUAAAAUAACAAACGAACCACCAACCGGUAUGCAAGCCAACAUACACAAGGCGCUGGAUAACUUCAAUGAGGAAACACUUGAAAUGUGCUCAAAAGAGACCGAGUUCAAGGGAGUGCUAUUCGCUCUCUGCUAUUUCCAUGCGGUGGUAGCUGAAAGGCGAAAGUUCGGCCCACAAGGCUGGAAUCGUGUAUAUCCUUUCAAUGUGGGCGACUUAACUAUAUCGGUAUAUGUGCUUUACAACUACCUUGAAGCCAACACACGUGUACCCUGGGAGGAUCUGCGCUAUCUGUUUGGCGAAAUCAUGUAUGGCGGACAUAUAACUGACGAUUGGGAUCGUCGCCUGUGUCGUACCUACUUGCAAGAGUUCAUGGAGCCUGAGCUGAUCGACGGCGAUCUUGAGUUCUGUCCUGGCUUUCCAGCGCCAGGUAUACUUAAAUACCAGGGCUAUCAUGACUACAUUGAUGAAAAUUUGCCAACAGAGAGUCCAACGCUCUAUGGGCUGCAUCUAAAUUCGGAAAUUGGUUUCCUUACAACAGUUUCAGAGCGGCUAUUUCGCAUUGUUUUCGAGCUGCAACCGCGCGUUGCUGGUGCUGAUUCUGGUGCUGGCGAGGGUCAAUCCCAGGAAGAUGUGGUCAAAAGCAUGAUUGAGGACUUGCUCGAUAAAAUACCUUCUCCUUUUAAUAUUCCCGAAUUGAUGGCGCGUGUCGAAGACCGCAAUCCCUACAUCAUAGUCGCCUUCCAAGAAUGUGAGCGCAUGAACAUACUAAUGAAUGAAUUGAAACGCUCACUACAUGAACUGGAGCUGGGUUUGAAGGGUGAGCUAACUAUUUCCUCAAUAAUGGAAGCGCUCAUGCAAUCAUUAUUUAUGGACCAAGUGCCCGAGUCGUGGACAAAGCUUGCAUAUCCCAGCUUGCUGGGUUUGCAAUCGUGGUUUGCCGAUUUACAGUUGCGUUUGCAUGAGCUGGAAGGCUGGGUUGCUGACUUCCGAAUGCCAUCGUCUAUUUGGCUCGGUGGUUUCUUCAAUCCACAAAGCUUGCUUACCGCCAUUAUGCAGCAGACAGCACGCAAAAACUCCUGGGCAUUGGAUCGUAUGUGUCUCAAUUGCGAUGUGACAAAAAAAACCAAAGAGGAAGUCAACGCCCCUCCCAAGGAAGGCGCCUAUGUGAACGGCUUGUUUAUGGAGGGUGCACGCUGGGACAUGAAAUUGGGUACCAUUGCUGAUGCUUUCCUGAAAGAGCUUUUCCCAGCCAUGCCAGUAAUUUUCAUCAAGGCAGUAUUGCUGGACAAGCAAGAUACGAAAAAUGUUUAUGAAUGUCCUGUCUACAAAAUACGCAUGCGCGGUCCAACCUUCGUGUGGACUUUCAAUUUGAAGACCAAAGAAAAGGCUGCCAAAUGGACGUUGGCCGGUGUUUGCUUGCUACUGCAAAUCUAAAAUGUAUUUACACAGAAGAACAGAAGAAGGACAAUGGGAUAACAACUUUAAUGGCAUUGGAAGCGCGUGCGUUUGGUUGGAUCAACUAGAGUGCCCCAUCUAACGACGUCCUCAUGACUAAACGAAAACAUUUAUUUGUAUUUUAUUUAUUUUACAUUAUUGUGCAAAUAUUAGGAAGACAUGCUAGAAAAUACGAUUUCAAUUCGUUCAAUACACGCACAUACACUCUUCUUAUAUUUCGCAAAUAUAUUACAAUAUAUGAUAUAAUUUUUUGUUUUACAAGUCCGUAUGUUGGAUGAAAA